GGCUACAUACUACUUCUUCUUCUUCUUCUUAUAAUUAUUAUACUUAUAAAUUAUAGGCCUACAAGCCAAAAAAUGAGCAAAAUUAACUAACUGCUCAGAAGCGAGAAACUGGUCUGCCAAUGGCAACUUUGACCCUACAUAAAGCAGUAGCUUGACUAUUAUCUUGAGUUUAGCAGCUUGCUAUGAAGGGCUUCAAGAUAGUCAGGACUUGCAGAAGAAGCCCCCAUUUCCCACCUAGAAUCAAUCUGAUUCUAGGAAGUAGCCUGUUAUUAGGGAUCAAAUUAGUAACUUUAACCUGCCAUAUGACAUCUAAAGCCUUUCAGCUUCUCUGGAGGCCCCCUGUCAGUGCAGGCCCCCCCCCCAGCGCUCCUGCAUAUGUUUACACUUGCAGCGCUGGCCAGAUGGAGAGGCUGAGCUGUAUGGAGCAUACGUUAGGCCACUCUGAUUCAAGAGCUCUGUGUAAUAGUGCACCAUUGCGAGAGUUUAACCAGAGCAGCUUUCCCCGCUGAAGAGAGAGGCAUAUGCCUAAUGGUGACAGGGACGCCCUGCACUUUAUCACUGAGAGCUGAGAAAUAGUCUGUCAAGAAGCUUACGGGGGCUUUUGGCUUUGGCAUCUGCUCAGUGGAGGCGGUCCGUGGACCGGGGCCAGUGAUGCAGGGAAAGCAGCGCAGCUCCCUGCCACCUCACCUCAAUUCAGUUCAGCACAGGGCCAGCAACAGGUCCCAGUUCUCACCAUGCGUCCGCUAACCAGACAGGCGAUGGGGACUACAGCUUGGCAGAAGGUUGAGGAUCCUGCUGACAUGCUUCCCAAGUCAAGGAAAGCCCUCAGCAUUCAGGAGAUUGCUGCUCUGGCCAGAUCUUCAUUUAACGGUAUUUCCCAGGUGGUGAAAGACCAUGUGACCAAGCCCACUGCGAUGGCCCAGGGCCGAGUGGCUCACCUCAUCGAGUGGAAAGGCUGGUCCAAGCCUCUAGAUCCGCCCACCGCAACCCUGCAGUCCCACUUCAGCUCCUACUGCCAUCUGACGGAGGGCGAACAGGAGGCUCGCUUCGCCGCAGGUGUGGCUGAGCAGUUUGCCAUCGCUGAAGCCAAACUCCGCGCCUGGACAUCGGUGGAUGAGGAAGACGGAGUCAAGGAGGAAGAGGAGGAUGCUGACUCCUGCGAUGAAGACAACUCCAAAAACAACGACGUCUCUCUGAUGACCGAGAGCACAGACGCCGCCACGUCCAAUCCACUGUCUCAAACUCUGUGCCUGGCUGAGACUGACAGCUCAGAGGCCCAGCACCUCUCUCACAGCUCGUCCAAUCCUGUAGUGCAGGGCGACCUCCUCAAAUCCCGGCCUCCACCAAACAGUGAGAGGCAGGAGGCACUAAGGAGCUCCACUCAGCCCGCCUACCUGGGUGAGGAGGAGGAGGAGGAAAAGGGAAAGGAAGAGCAGCUCCGGGGGCUCAACUCCGGCUCCACCUGUGACUCCGGUCCCCACAGGCCCAGCCGGAGGUCUUUGUGGAGCGGGGGAGACUCCUGCUACUACUCCCUCAACUCCUACUCUGAGUCGGGCCUCUCCCCAGAGGAUGAGGAGGAGGAGGAGGAGGAGGAGGAGGACGAAGGGCAGGAGCGGGAGGACGAAGGGGAGGACAGUGUCUUCCAGGAGGCGGCUCACUGCUACAGCCACUGCCGGAGCAUGUCCGAAACCUCGGGCGUAGUGUCCUUCGAGGAGGAGGAGGCGGUGGAGGAGAGGGAGUGCAUGAAGCUGUGAUGUCCAGACUACAUCCCCUUUCUGUUAGUCCUUCUGUUUAGCUAUUGUUCCCUCGCUCUUUCAGGUUCUCCUUUCCUGUCAUUCCUCUCUAUGCCCCUUUCUUCUCUACUCACUGUCCUUCUCCAACACACACACACACACACACACACUUUUUAUCUCUCUCACACAAAGUCUCUUCUUUACUCAUUCUUUCAUUCCCUUUCCAUCACAUACAAAUAUUCACACACACACACACACACACACACACAAAGAUGCAUACACACACACACACACACACACACAAAGAUGCAUACAGACACACAGACUCUCUUUUACUCCUUCUUUUUCUUUCUCCCUCUGUAACACACACACACACACACACACACCUUCUCUCCUUUUGUGAGUGGAGGGUAGGGUAUCUAGACAGUGUACGUGAUUGAGGUGACAGUUCAGGGUGACUUUUGCACUGCAUUCUGCUGUUGAUGUGCUGGGACUCGCUGUGGAGCGGAGGCUGAGACUGACUGAAAGACCUCCGGCUACCUCCAAACCCAGACCCGGUGCUGACCUGUCCCACGCACAUGUCCACUAACGUCAACACUGCAGCAUCCUUAACCAAUCAGGUUUUGUAUUUUUCUGUGAAGACAAAGAUAAAAAGUACAUAAUCCAUUGUUCUUGUUUGUACAAAAAAAUAAAAAUAAAAGUGAUGUAUCUCUGCUUAGUAUCUCAUACGAAAGACCUUUCGGGUUUAUCGCGGAGCUCUGUGAAGAGGGGGG